CGAGACUUGUCAUGCUCAACGUCUCGCAUCGUACAGUCUAAAGCCCGGGAUCCAUGGUGACGACUGGCGCGGCAGCCCCGCGCGCGGCCGGCACAAACAACACUAAUAGCGGCGUCAACAACAACAUCACUACGGCCCCGGCGUCGUACCCGCCUGCCGCUCCACACGCCGCUGCAGAAGACAAGGCGUCAACGACAACGGCCAACGACGAGGAGAAGGGCACCCUCGCGUCCCCGCGCCGAGACGAGAAGGCCUAUGCCGAGUCCGAGGACGAAGACGAGAAAGAUGGCGCGGACGGCGCGGCAGGCGGAAGGCUGCGAGACCUAGGCCAAGGCCAGGCCGCGGAGAGCUUCAAGCGCGAACAUUGGUGGCAAAUAUGGCGCCCGCGCAACCCACCACCGCCGCCGAGCAAGUCGUUUGACGAUGCGGCGGAGAUCCCGCUCGCGACGGCCAACAUCCUCUCGGCGCUUACCUUCCACUGGGUAUCGCCCAUCAUGAAGACGGGUUAUCAGCGGCCGUUACAGGCGACCGACCUGUGGAAGAUGGAUCACUCGCGAGAGGCCGAUUACCUCUCGGAUCGGUUCCUUGCCAACUUGGAGAAGCGGCAGAAGGCAGCUGCGGAGUGGAAUGAGAAGCUGCCGACCGUUGUGGCGCCGUGGACGACGCGCACAAAGUGGUCGUUCACCGCCGCGACAAAACAUCACCUGCCCCCCGAGUUUGCAGCGUACGGCAGUGACAAGAGCUAUGCCGCGCGCAAGGCGACGCUCGAGGCCGAGUGGCGCGGGCACAGUGGCAAGAAGAAGGGCAGCAUCACCUGGGCGCUCAAUGACACGUUCCCCAACUUUUGGUGGGCAGGCGUGUACAAGCUCUUUGCGGACGAGGCGCAGCUCAUGUCCCCGCUGCUCGUCAAGGCACUGAUCAACUUCAGUAAAGAGAUGUACCUCGGGAACCACCACGAGGGCAAAAAGCCCAACAUCGGGCGCGGCAUCGGCAUGGCUAUCGGCAUGUUCUGCCUCGCCAUCAUGCAGACGCUGUGCCAGCACCAGUUCUUCUUCCUGUCCAUGCAGACGGGCGCCAUGUCGCGCGCGGCCCUCAUCUCGGCAGUGUACAAGCGCUCGCUCCGGCUGUCGGUGCGCGCGCGCUCCAACAUUCCCAACGGCAAGCUCAUGGCGCACCUGUCGAGCGAUAUCAGCCGCAUCGACUACUGCGCCCAGUGGUUCCACGCCAUCUGGACCGCCCCGAUCCAGCUCAUCGUGACUCUCAUCCUGCUCUGCCUCCAGAUCGGCCCCUCGGCCAUCGUCGGCUUUUCGCUCUUCAUCAUCCUCACCCCGCUCCAGACGUACAUCAUGAAGCUGUCCCUCAUGGUGCGCAAAAAGUCCAUGGUCUUCACCGACGGCAGGUCAAAGCUCCUCCAGGAGAUCCUCAGCUCGAUGCAGAUCAUCAAGGUGUUCACCUACGAGCUGCCCUUCCUCAAGCGCCUCGAGUUCCUCAGGAAUAUGGAGAUGAAGUCGGUCCGCAAGAUCGCCUACAUCCGCGCCGCGAACAUGAGUCUCGCGUUCAGCGUGCCCGCCCUGGCGACGGUCCUCUCGUUCGUGACGUACACGUCGACGCACAGGAAUCUCGAUCCCGCCAUCCUCUUUACCGCCCUUGCCUUGUUCAACCUGCUUCGCCAGCCUCUCCUAUUCCUUCCGCGUGCGCUCUCGACCUACGCCGACGCCAAGAACGCCGUGGAGCGUCUCACAGACGUGUUUGAGGCCGAGCUCAUGGAGGAGAAGGACAUGGUCAACCCCAACCUGGACGUGGCGAUCCGCGCAAAGGGCGCAACGUUCCAGUGGGCGUCCAUCCCGGAGGUAGAUCAGAUUGUGGAAGGCAAGGGUGGCAAGGGCGGAAAAGGUGGCAGGGGCAAGAAGGACAAGAAGGGUAAGACUCCCGCCAAGACCCCUCCCAAGACUCCCCCUGUCCAGGAUUCCGACGCCACUCCGGCCGAAGCGCGCGAGCCGUUCAAGGUCGAGGACCUCAACCUUGAGAUUCCUCGCGGGCGCCUCGUUGCCAUCGUCGGCCCUGUAGGCAGCGGCAAGAGCAGCAUCCUCCAGGGCCUCCUGGGCGAGAUGCGCACCUUGUCUGGAACAGUCGAGUUUGGCGGCCGCGCGGGCUACUGCCAGCAGUCGGCAUGGAUCCAGAACGCAACAUUGCGCGACAACAUUGUGUUUGGGCAGAAGUGGGACGAGAGCCGGUACUGGCAGUGCGUUGCCGACGCGUCGCUACUUGCCGACCUUGAAAUCCUCCCAGACGGCGACCUGACCGAGAUUGGCGAGAAGGGCGUCAACCUCUCCGGCGGCCAGAAGCAGCGUGUCAACAUUGCCCGAGCAAUGUACUUCAACUCUGAUAUCGUGCUGUUCGACGACCCUCUCAGCGCUGUCGACGCGCACGUGGGCAAGGCGCUGUUCAACGAGGCCAUUCUCGGUCUCCGUACUCGCGGCAAGACGGUCGUGCUCGUCACCCAUGCGCUCCACCUGCUCCCCCAGGUCGACUACAUCUACACAGUCGGAAAUGGCCACAUCGUCGAGCAGGGCACAUACGAGAGCCUCGUCAGCUCUGGCGGCGCGUUCAAACGCCUCAUGGACGAGUUUGGCGGCCAGCAAGAGGCCAAGCAGGAGGAGGAGGCCGCAGACGAGGAAGAGGCCAUCGCGGAGAUUCCGCUCGAGUCGCCGCUGGACGAAAAGUUGACCAGCGAGCGUGUGGCAAAGUUGACGAGGAAAUCGGUCGGCAAGGCGGCCGGUACUGGCAAGCUUGAGGGCCGGCUCAUGCAGUCUGAAGUCCGCAAGACGGGCUCGGUCGGGCGUAAGGUUUACGCCGCGUACCUCAAGGCUGGUCGUGCGGCCGUCACGCUGCCCCUCAUCUUGGUGUUCGGCAUCGGCAUGCAGACGGCGUCGGUGCUGUCAACCGUCUGGCUCACGUGGUGGGAGGCCGACUCUUUCCACAAGUCGAUGGGUUUCUACCAGGGCAUGUACGCCUUCCUCAACAUCUCCCAGGCGCUCAUCUUCCUCCUCAUGGGCAUCGCCAUGGCUGUCCUGUCGUACCUCGCCUCGAAGAACAUGUACAAUGGCGCGCUGCAACGCGUCAUGUUCAGCCCCAUGUCCUUCUUCGACACCAACCCCACGGGUCGUAUCAUGGGCAUCUUUGGCAAGGACGUCGACAUGAUGGACAACCAGCUCGCCGACGCGUUGCGAAUGCAAGCUAUCACGCUGUUCUCGAUGGUCGGAUCUGUGGUCAUUAUUACCGUCUUCUUCCACUACUUUAUCAUUGUUAUGUUUGUUGUCGGCCUGGGAUACCUCUACUUUGCCCAGUACUACCGCACCUCGGCACGGGAGAUGAAGCGCCUCGACUCGAUGCUUCGUUCACUUUUGUAUGCGCACUUUUCGGAAUCGCUGUCGGGCCUCGCGACCAUCCGCGCAUACGGCGAGACAUCGCGCUUCAUCAAGGAGAACAGCUGGUACAUGGACCUCGAGGACAGGGCGUACCUGCUCACCUCGGCCAACCAGCGCUGGCUUGCAGUGCGCCUCGACUUUCUCGGCGCCAUCCUCGUCUUCUGCGUAGCUGUCAUGUCAGCGGCAGGCGGUGCCGGUCUCACGCCGGCGCAGAUCGGCCUGUGCUUGACCUACAUGACUCAGAUCACCCAGCUUCUGGGCAUGCUUACACGCCAGUCGGCCGAAGUCGAGAACAACAUGAACGCCAUCGAGCGCAUCAUGUACUACUCUGACGGCGGCCUUCCCCAGGAGGCAGCAUACAACGUCGAGCCUGAGCCGCAGAACUGGCCAAGUGCGGGUAACAUCAAGCUUGAGAAAGUCGUCAUGUCGUACAGAAAGGGCCUGCCGCCGGUCCUCAAGGGAAUCUCGGCAGAGUUCAAGAGUGGCGAGAAGAUUGGCAUCAUUGGCCGUACCGGUGCAGGAAAGACAUCGAUCACAGUCGCGCUGUACCGCCUCGCUGAGCUCACGUCGGGCAAGAUCACGAUUGACGACAUCGACAUUUCUAGCCUCGGUCUCCAGACGCUGCGCUCGCACAUUGCCAUUAUCCCACAAGACCCAGUGCUCUUCAGCGGCACGCUGCGCUCCAACCUGGACCCGUUCAACCUGUACGACGACGCGAGACUGUACGACGCGCUCAAGCGCGCCUGUCUUAUCGACGAGACGGGCCACGACGGGGCCGACCCAGCAGCGACGCGCACAGCACGGUUCACGCUCGACAUGCCGAUCGACGACGAGGGCUCCAAUCUGUCGAUUGGCGAGCGGAGUCUUGUCAGCCUGGCCCGCGCACUCGUCAAAGACUCGCGUAUCGUCGUGCUCGACGAGGCCACCGCGGCCGUCGACCUCGAGACGGACGCCAAGAUCCAGGAGACGAUCCGGCGCGAAUUCGGCUCCAAGACACUCCUGUGUAUCGCGCACCGGCUGCGCACUAUUAUUUCAUGGGACCGCAUCCUCGUCAUGAACGCCGGCGAGAUCGAGGACUUUGGGACCCCGCUCGACCUGUUUGACGCAGGCGGCCUGUUUAGAACCCUGUGCGAGAGGAGCCAUAUCUCGCGCGAGGAGAUUACAAGGGCGAGAAAGGAGGAGACUUUUGCGUAGUAGAUGCAUUGCAUUGUGUGGGCAGAGAA